AUGUCGAUCAACAUGGCUGUAGGAUCAUGGACAGCCAGCAUUGCCCUCGGCUUGGUGACGGUCCUGCUGGCGUACCUUUGGAAGAUCAACCGUGCCAUGGCCACCACCCACCCUGAGGCUCUGCAGAUAUCGCCGGAUCGAUGGACGCCAGAGCAGGUCAAGCGUACUUUUGAGCGUGUGGAGAAGCAGCCCAUCGACUGGACGCCGUAUUUGCCGCCCAAACUAGACAGACGUUACAUUGUUGUCGGCGGCUCCGGUCUGGUUGGAGGGCAGCUUGUCAUUCAGCUCAUAGCGCGUGGCCACUCUCCCACGGCCAUUCGAAUCAUCGACUUUCGCAAGCCUGGACGAGACGACAUGAGUGAGGGCCCCGUGUCCGAGGUCGAUUUCGCCCAGGCCGAUAUCUCCUCGGAAUCGGCAACCUUGGCCGCAUUCGCGAAACCGUGGCCCAAGUCUGUGGCCCAUCUUCCCCUGACCGUGUUCCAUACCGCCGCCGUCAUCCGCCCUUCGGAGCGUAGUCCGUUGGUCUAUGACCGCUGCUCCCGGGUCAACACGACCGGGACUGCCCAUGUGGUUGCCGCCGCCAAAACCGCUGGCGCCGAUGUUCUCGUCUUCACCUCGUCCUGCAGCGUCGCGCUGAAGCCCGUCAAUUUUUUCAAUGCCCUCUGGAAGCAGUGGCCGACAAACUUCUUCCAGGUCCUGGACGAGGUGGACUUCCAGAAGCCGCUGCGGCCCCACGAGGAGUUCUUUGCCAACUACGCCAAGACGAAAGCCGAGGCGGAGCGUCUCGUCUGCAGCGAGAACAACAUCCCGCAGGAUCCCUUGCAGGCAGGCGGCUUCCGCACCGGGGCCAUUAGACCGGGAAAUGCCAUCUACGGGCACAAGGACGACUACCUUGUCGGCGCAACGGUGCGCAUGGCCAGCUUCCCGACCUUCACCGCGCCCUUCAUGCAGAACUGGGUGCAUGGAGGCAACGUGGCCCUGGCGCAUCUGCAAUACGAGGCAGCUCUUCUCGGACCACACGCUCACAAAGUGGCUGCUCGGCCGUUCUUGGUCACGGACGGCGGCCCGCCCCCGGUGUUUCAGGACUUUUAUACGCUCGUCCACUCUCUCAGCGUGACGCCCUUCCAUGUGCAGUACCCGCCGCCGCUACUCCUGCUGUUGGUGGCUCAUUGCAUAGAAGCGUAUUGCUUGUUGAUAUGGCGGGUGCCAAUGCUGCAAAGGGUCUUGCCGGAACCUCAAAUGCCCUUGUCCAUGCUGCAACCGGCCAGCAUAGCUGGGUCUAUCAACGCCAUAAUCAACGACUCCGAUGCGCGUAGACGGGUAGAAGACGGCGGGCUGGGAUACCAGGCCAAGUGCACAACCAUGGAAGGGCUGUGCAUGCAGCUGGGUGCGUGGAACCGAUGGGUGAGGAGCGGUGGCGGAGAGUUGAGCGGCGAGAAGGGCGUGGUGAAAGGCGUGCUCGAGGUCGGGGCAGAACCUGUCGCGAGAAGAGCCUAG